CCGAUCCCACCCCGGCGCUUUGCAUAAAUAAAUAAAUCAUGCAGCAAGGGAGAGGUGGAGAGAGGGGGCGAGCAGAGGAGGUUACUUUGGGAAGCCGCGUAGCUCGCUCAUCCCACAGCCCCGUAGUCCGCAGCGAGUGUGUCAUGUUACAGGGGAGCCAGGAUCGGCCAGAGCACAACGUCGUCGCCGGAGCAGCUGAGAAUUACCUCUCUCUAAUGGGGACUUUCAUGUGCGAGCUCCUGGCCGGACUGCGAAGUAACUAAAACUGGCAGCUUAGAAGGAAACAAAAUCCUACCAGCAAACCAAAAGACUGAAACGCAGAAGGGAAAAAAAAAAAAAAAUCCCGAUCAGAUUUUUUUUUUCCUUCCUCCCACUCUUUGCUGCAGUUGGAUCCUUUUUUUCUGCACCCCUUUUAUGUGUGUGUGGUUUGUUUUUAUUUUUUUAAAGACACCCUCCCCCCCCUCCACUUUUGUCACUGUUGCUGUUAUUUGUCAUUUGCUGGCACUGGGAUCCCCUUGGACGCUCUUUUUCUAUGCCUUUUGGAUUGUGCUUCUUGGAGCAGGAGUGAGGCUUUAUUUAUUCUAUUUAUUUAUUUAUUGUUUCUCAGGACAGGGAGGGAAUGUUGGAGGAGAAGAGCUGGAAGGGCAUCGGCGAAGCAGCUUUUGACAGGGGGUGCGUGGCUCCCCCCAGGACCGGCGAUGGGGAGAGAUGCUGCCGCCUCCCUCUCCUGCUGGGCUCAGGGCUGCCCGGCGUCUCCCUGCUUUCUCUGGUGCUGAGCCUCCUCCUGUACUUUCGGACCUCGGAUCUCCAGUCCCGGGUGUCCCACUUGGAAGCGGACAGACCCACACAGCUCCCUGCCUGGCUCUCAGCAGACCAAAUGGAGACAGCUAUUUUGGGAAGAGUUGACCAACUGCUUGAUGAGAAAUUAAAGUUCCAUUUGCCGAGACAUCGAGAAGUUCGAGACACACAGCAGCGAUGCAACUGCCCGGCAGGUCCACCUGGCCCUACAGGAAGACCGGGGCUCCAGGGAGACAAAGGUGCAAUGGGAAUCCCUGGGCGGCCGGGACUAAAAGGGCAACCUGGAGAGAAGGGUGCUCCAGGAGAAGCAGGCAUGUCUAUCAUCGGGCCCCGCGGUCCACCCGGACAGCCUGGAACAAGAGGUUUUCCUGGAUUCCCGGGCCCUAUCGGCUUGGACGGCAAACCGGGUCAUCCUGGACAGAAGGGGGAGAUGGGUGCUGCAGGUCCCAGGGGACAACCCGGACCCCCAGGACAAAAAGGAGAAAAGGGUCAGUGUGCAGAGUACCCGCACAGGGAGUACCUAAGUACCACCCUCGCAGCCCUGCGCUCUAACCAGAUCCUUACGCUAAAGGGUGAACAAGGACAAGCAGGAAUCCAAGGUCCCCCGGGGCCCCCUGGCCCCCCAGGGCCCGCUGGACCGGCUGGACCCGAAGGAACCCCAGGACAGCCCGGGCCAGUUGGGCCACCUGGCAGAGUGGGAGAACCUGGGAAGCCUGGCAGAGAUGGAAAGGGCUUACCUGGGCCUCCUGGACCAAAGGGAGACCCUGGGAUUCAGGGAUACCCUGGCAGAAAGGGUGAGGUGGGCGAGUCAGGCCUGCCCGGUGCGCAUGGCCUCCCUGGAGCUACUGGCCCCAAGGGUGAAAAAGGGGACGCUGGCAUAAAGGGGGAGAGAGGCAUGCCAGGGCUGCCAGGAAGACAUGGCACUAAGGGCGCUCCUGGGAUGGCCACCGCAGGGAUGAAGGGCGAGCCCGGGACUCCAGGAGAAAAGGGAGAUCCUGGAGCCCCAGGGAGGAUGGGCCCCCCAGGUUUGCCAGGGAAGAGGGGGCAGCGGGGUGAGAAGGGACGAGCUGGUGACCCUGGGCUUCCUGGACUCCCUGGCAUGAAGGGAGAGAAGGGAAAUGCUGAGAACGCCCUGGUGGGAGGCAAAGGAGAACCUGGCCCUCCUGGUUUGCCUGGGCCCCCUGGACCAAAGGGAGAAGCUGGUGACGUUGGCCGGCCUGGUGCUGCAGGGUCACGGGGGGAAAAGGGGGAACCUGGUUCACCGGGAGACCAGGGACCCAUGGGCCCGAGGGGCCCCAAAGGAGAGCCUGGGAAGGAUGAGAUGAUGGACUACGAUGGUAAUAUCAGUGAAGCUCUCCAGGAAAUCCGAACUUUGGCCUUGAUGGGACCCCCAGGACUUCCAGGACCACCAGGACCACCAGGACAGAAGGGUGAAAUUGGCUUGCCAGGUCCUCCAGGCCAUGAUGGAGAAAAGGGACCACGUGGCAAGCCUGGAGAAAUGGGUCCCCCUGGCCCUCACGGACUGCCAGGGAAGGAUGGACAACCUGGAAUAAAGGGGGAGCCAGGCCAUGUGGGGGCCACAGGAGAAAAGGGCGAUAAAGGAGAGCCAGGACAAGCGGGCUCACCGGGUCUUGAUGGCCCCACUGGAGAGAAAGGUGAACGAGGUGACCAAGGGAUGCCAGGACCAUCAGGAUUGCCGGGUCCCAUUGGACUUCCAGGAUUGACAGGAGAGAAGGGCCAGCCUGGGGAGCGUGGUGACAAAGGAAAUCCAGGAGAAUCGAUAUCUGGCCCUCCUGGACCCCAAGGACCACCAGGACCACCAGGUCUUCAGGGCCUCCCAGGACCCAAGGGGGAAGCAGGGAUUGAUGGAAUGAAAGGAGAGAAGGGUGCCCAGGGUGAAAAAGGAGACAGAGGGCCACUGGGAUUACCCGGUGCUUCAGGUUUAGACGGCAGGCCUGGACCACCGGGUACUCCAGGACCAAUUGGGGUUUCGGGACCAGCAGGACCAAAAGGAGAAAGGGGCAGUAAAGGAGAUCCUGGAGUUGUUGGACCAAUGGGGCCAGCAGGGCUUCCUGGUUUACAAGGUCUACCUGGUGACAAAGGAAUCCGGGGGGAGAGGGGCAAGAAAGGCUCUAGAGGGUCUAAAGGGGAUAAGGGAGACCAAGGAGCGCCUGGAUUAGAUGCACCCUGUCCGUUGGGGGAAGAUGGCCUUCCAGUUCAAGGCUGCUGGAAUAAGGGUCAGACUCCUUGGCUGAUAGCCAAAAAGUGAGAGCAGUCCCAGGGUGGAGAAGCUUGAGAAAUGACAGCAGAACGAAAAGGAGAAGAAGGACCUUCCUGAAGAUUUGCUGGAGAUGUUUUGCAAGUUCCCUCCCUGGAGCUUGGGAAGAGUUUCUUCAACUGCACACCAGGAAUGGGUGCCCAGAUGCUGCCUGCUGGGGCCGGGGGAGCCCGGCGUGCCGGCGCUUUCGGCUUUGCUUGCUGUCUUCUCCUGGAGGCCAGGGGCAGGGUUGGAAAAUGACACCAUUUAUAGUCUUUCUCUUUGGUCAUUUUCACUUCAUUCUAUUAUUGUGGUCGGACUCUUCAGAUGAAGAAUUAGGCUCAUUUUCCAGCAGCUGCUGUAUAAAUGAGUGCAAGACGUAGCUGAUAUUUCUGUGGGGGGAUCCUUUGAUCCAAGAGAGAAAUUCUUCUUGAACAAUUACCCUUAGAAAUAUCAAUCAAACCCCGUGUGCCCGGUUUAGAGUGCUGCUCAGAGAGGACUUGAUAAAACUUUUUGCUAUCAUUUCUGGUUACCAGAUGACAAACUUCCACCUAUAUCGUUGAUGAUUCCAUCUUUAACCUUUUCAUCACAAACUUUCUUCUCCUGUUAAGUUAUAAAGAAUUCUUUUUUUUAUUAUUAUUUUUUGCCAAAAAGGGAAAACCAUACUGGGUUUUGAAGGCAUGACGUAUUUUGUUGGUAAAGGAAAAUGUGGAGUGUGGAAAAAAUCUGGUUUCACUGAAUAAUUCCUUUGCUUCCUGUACUUCUGCUUUGGUCUCCACCACACACACUGGAUGUAUUUUGCCCGGAGCCCUCCAGAAAUAUUAUUCUGCUGGCCCAUUAAAGCCCUUCUUGUGGGUACCUCUCAGCAGAUGUACUUGCAGAUGGAAAAUAAGGAUCACGAGGGUUAAAUUUUGCCGUUACGUGUUUUAGUACAUUCACUGAAGGGAAAUAAAGAUCUGGCAAAGUGCUGAGGGGUGUGGAGGACGUUUCCCAGCUGCCUGAAGGGCAGAAAAUACAGCUCUGGAUACUUCGUACCAACUGCCACGCAGAUCUGGCAUCCCUUACUCGGCUCCCACUGCUGAAGGUUAAACUGUUCAUAUGGACUCUACAGUGUCUUUCCACCACAGCUCUUGCAAUUUAUUAAAAAAAAAACCCCAAAUUAAUUAUUAAGUACAUCUCUUACAAACAUGACUCAUAACACUUCAACUUCAUUGAGCGCAUUGGGAAUCCCAUUCGCCCAAUCACUACAACACAUAUUUAACUUUAAGCAUGUGAUUCCCAUUGGCCUAAAUGAUGCUAUUUGCAUAUUUAAGUACUCUGGUGAAUCAGGGCCAUUAUUAUUAGAGUUAAUGAACGAUAUUAUCUAAAUCAUUAGGCAGAACUAAACGAUAAGCAAUUCGCUUCACAGUUCAGAGAGAAAGCGCUGAUUUCAAGUUCAAAGUGAUGUCUUUUUAAAUCAGAGCAAGUCCUAGAAAGGUGAUAACCUUCACUCAAACACCCUUUGCCAGCUCAGUGGGGACAAUGCAGAACACCUGCACCCAGCACUCAUCCCCCUCACCAGGGCAGGGAACAGCUACCAUUAAAAUAAUCCCAGAAUUGCAAAGAGCAGGGGAAGAAAAGUUCUACUUGUAGUUUCAGCUGAAGAAUUGCUGGUUUUUUCCUUAAGACUUCUAACAGAUUUAUUUAGUAAAUAGAGUAGCAGGGGAAGAAAUUGUUUCUGUUAAGAACCAGGCUGAUGAAAGAGUUAAUUUAUUUUAUUUGUAUUUUUUUAUUUUUACCUUUUUUUUGUGGGGGGAGGAGGGGAGAUACCUGACCAGAACUGCAGGCGGUAGGUGUGCUUUUUUCCUUCUUUUUUAAUGAAAGCAAUUAUAUAUAUAGUUUGAUAAAGUUACUUUUACUUUUCAUUAAUGGUUUUCUGGGGCGAUUUGUUUGCUCUUUUCUGUUUUCUUGUGUUUUAGUGAUAUUUUUACUGGGCUUUUGGAAUAAGUUUGUAAAAGCUCCUCACCCCAAAUGUCCUAAGGACAUUCCUAUUGUGUUUUUCCUCCCUAAAUUGAGUAGUAAAUUGGUGCUUUCCAUAGGCAAAGCAGUUUUUAGUGGGUAUAAAGACACCCACGUAGGCCACGCCUAGGGACCAGGUACCAGUGAGCUCUCCCAGACGAAACGGUCUCUCCAAAACUCUCCCUUUACACUGACAAAAUUCACAAAGGGCUACUUUAGGGACCAGCUGAUUGAAAAUGGUUUAGUCCGAUCUUAGCUGGUCUGCUGUAAAGCAUUUAGUCUGGAAAGAGUCGCUGCGUCCUCUUCAGCAGCAUUCUACAGCCUGGAAUCUCAGGCUUAGCUAGAAAGCUCUGAAAUGGCAAUUAAAAGAAACGUGUUGUCUCGAAAAUGGCAAGCUGUUGGUAGGUACCUACUGGAGUAUUGUUGUCUCUUGCUGUUGUUUUCUCUCCUUUAAAUCCAGCAGAGCACUCCCAUUCAAUCUUAUCUUCAGGCUUUGCUUCACACUGAGCCUACGUGCAAAUGCUUUGCUGGAGGAAGGUCUCCUAUUCUUUUAUACUUUUUCAUUUUUUCCCCCCCCUUUCUCUGUUUUUGUGUCUUAUUGCUUCCAGACGUCUUUGUCCCAGACAAAAUGGCUACUUUCUGUGUUUUCAGAAAAAUCUCUGUUGGUCGCAUUUUGGUCAUUUUUCCACUCCUUUUUAUUCUCUCUCUUCCCUGGUAUACUUCCUCCCUUCUUGUACCCCGUCUUUGUGAAACGUUUUGAUGUGAUGAAAACAUCAUGGCAAAACAGGAAUUAAGACUGUAGGUGUUUGUUGAUAGUUUUGGAUUUGACUGUAAAUCUUCUACUGUUUAAAAUGCUAGGUGGCAAGAUCAGUUUAGCCUUCCAGCUUUCUUAUUAUUUAGUUUGCUUGUUGAAAUUACUACAUAAAUUUCUUCUUUUUAUUAACUGACUCAGAGUUAGUUGGAAUAUUGCAGAUUUUUUUAAUAGAAAAAUCUGCUAAACUUUUUUUUGCUGCAAAACAUGAUUUUGUUGAACUGCUGUCACAAAGUUUAGUGGGUUAGAUGUAUUAAGGGUGGGUAUGAGAGACUGGUUGUGAAACUUGGGGAGCAGAGCUUGUAUUCUUGCUUUCCAUUGCACGCCGUUUGUCAGUCCAUUGUCUCUGGCAGGGGUUUGCUAGGAGUGUGAAAUUCCAUUUUUGUGAUAAUUCCAUUGUUUUCUCACAGUAAUGUUUCAAAACAUUGCUUCAGUAAAUCUUCCCUUUGACCUCUUCUGCAAAGAUUUGCAGAAUCUGGAUUUGCAGAAGACUUCUGCAAAGAUUUGCAGAACCCUGGUGUUGCACACCACCAGCAGUGCCACAGACCAAGCAGUAUGACCCUUUUGGGGAUCUUCUGAAGGUAGCAGGCUGGCUCAGAAGUGCCCGUGGGGUGACAUAUUCAGUGACAGUUGUGUGCCACAGCCUGUAACCUGCUUUAGAGCACAUCUGCCUAGCACUGUGCUGUGCCAAGGCAUUGCUCUCGCUGCCCUGGCCUGCAAGGUAGGCAGCAGACUGUCCCCCAGUCCAGGUGACACAAGGCCUACCAAGAAAGCUGGGUGGUGACAAGUAGACAUCCUUUUAGCAUCCAGAGUCCUCACAGCAAUAGAAAACUACCUACCUGAGGAACUUUCCCCACACCUGGAAUGCUUGUGUCAUUGGCACUGCCCGUUUCUCAUCUUUAUACAAUCUGUAUACCAUUUAUACCAAAUUCUUUGAUGCCGAGACUCUUUCUGCUCAUUAGCCAACAUCAGUCAAACAUCAAUGAUCUAAUCCCUGAGGGAGAAAGAUUUCUGAAGCAAUUUGUUGUUGCAUAUCUGGUUUCCUUGAAUUUUACAAAAGAUACUUUACUUUCUUCCCCCCCCUUUGGUGGCAUAGAAUGUACAGUAUUUAAUAUACCUGUAGCGAAGUGAUGAGUUAUGAGAAGAUCUUGACAGGGCAUUGUUUCUGCAUAUCUCCUAUAAACACUUUUUGAUUGAGACAUUUAAAUCUAGAUACACUUUUUACAUUUUUUUUUUAUAUUGAACUUUCAGCCUGUAUAGUAAAUAUCUGAUGUUAUUUGACAUUCAUUAAUGUGCUGUAAUAUACUUUUGUGUUACUAGUAAUUAUUGUGGUCAUUGUGCUGAUUCUAAGACAUUAUUUCAACUCCUUUCCAUGUAAGGUAGCUACUUGGAAUUUUCUGGCCUUCAAGAAAAUUCCAUGCUAAAUAAUUGCUAGAAUGAAGAGAACAAAGGGCUGUUCUUUCCCACAAUCUUUUCAACCUCUGUAGGAGCUUCUUCAGCCAAAAUCAGUGUUUGCUUUUUCUUUCCCGCUUUUUCCUUGGUAAUAUGACAACAUUUGAUUUGUUUUGGCUUUUCACCUGGGAAAUUUUGAAUUCCAUGUUGACUAUUUCUAGCAAUAUUUUAGAAAAUCAGAGAUAGCUGUGUUAUAAGGAGUUGCUGAUCAUAACAGAACUUAAAUAUUGUAAUAAUGUUUUCCUUUAUAUUUUCUCCACUAUUAAGUUUUUAAGGAAAUCUUUUCUCAGAGUGAUAAAAAUUGAAAAGACACUAAAGGAUUAAACAUUUAACAUGUAUGAGGAAAGGGAUUCAGUUAAAUGAUUUCCGUCUGUAGGAAUGAAAAAUAGCUUACAAAUUUUUUAUGUCAGAACAAAAACUGUGCCUCAGUUACCUAUUUCUUGUGUCCAUUAACUCAUCCAGCGGUAUCAAUGAAGCCACACCUGCCCUUGAAACUAGGGCUACGCUUAAAGAAUUCCUGCUCACUAGUUCAGUUUUGUAACAGUAAGCUGCUGCUCAAUUAUAGUGCCUUUAAAACAUUUCUACCUUCUUGCAAAAGGUGGAAAUUUUAUAUGUUUAAUCACCAAGUAUCCAUUUAUCAGAUAAAGAAAAUUGUGCUUAUCUUAUUUGGAGGUGCUGGUUUAUAUUAUGAUGAAAAGUGCUAUGUGAGAGCUGUAUAUUGCUAUUUUAAACGCCUUAGCCUACCUGCUACAUCAUUAUGAGAAUUAACAAUGAGAUUCCAGGAAGAAGUUAGUUUGGGGAAUGGACUUCUGGAAAAUGACGGGUGGAAAAAAAAAUAGGCAGGAGGUAAUGAAAAAUGUCUUGGACUGGAUGGUUGUUGCAAUGGUAAACAUGACACCAGAUUUAAAGUGUCAUCCCAUCAUUAUCCAAGAGGAGUUCGAUGAAUUCCCUGCGCCUUGUGUUGAAGCUUUACUCCUUUGUGUCAAUUUUUUAGUGAAGUUCCUAUUUUAUUUGCGUGUAUUCCAGUACAAUCUGCAUUUGUUACAUGUGAUGUACAUAGUCUCUUCUCCCUUUUAUAAAAAUACCUGUUUACUUACACACAGUUUCUGUCUUUUAUAAAUGACGGCUAAUAUAAAUAACAAACCAUAAAUUUUCUUACACGCCCUCUUUCCAUUUGGGGAUGGUUUUUAGGUUAAGAUCCUAAGGAAAUCUCACCAUCUGCUUUUUGCCAGUCAGCCCCAGUAACUAUGGAACUAGGUGGGAAAUUUCAACCAAUUUGGCAGAGGGACAGAAGUGUCAAAAAUACUGUCAUUGCCAGCUCUAUGAAAAUAGACAGCUGGAUAGAGGAGUUAGGAGCACUAGUUAGUGCCUGUGCUAAGGGAAAGGCAGCAACAUCAGCUGGGCUAUA